AUGGCUGACGAGUGGACAAGAUUUUUUAAGAUCAUUCUUGAGACACAAAUGAGUUCCCUGCCAAUUCCAAUGCCUUUUUGGAGAGACCACAUCGAGGGAUACUUUAACAACUACACUAAGGUUGUCAUCAUCUUCAAUGAGAAGGUUUACAAAGUUGAUGUAAUUCAUGGUAAUGGCAAGAGAUUGUUGCAAAACGGUGGUGCUCGACAGUUUGUGAUUGAUAGUGGAAUUUUGGUUGGUUCUUCAUGCAUGUUCACCCACGUCGGACCACUCAACCCGGAUAAAGUGACCGAGUUCAGGGUUAGGAUUUGUUAG